GUCAACAUGACAAGAAUGUCAUUAUUUUAGGAAAACAUAAACCCCAUUGCUCCUAUUUUUAAAAAUAGCUUUAAAAAAGAAAAUAAGAAUUAAAUGCAUUGAAUAAUUUGUACAUUGAAACUUGAUACAGUUGGUAAAAAUAAAAACUUAACGGAAGACGAAUAUACUCCCCAACAUGAGGCGUGGAAUCGGUUUGGGUGCAAUACAGAAACAAAAACUUGAACAGGAGAAAUAUCGAGACAAAGGAAACGAAAUUCAAGAGAAUCAGUUUGAGCAAAUGACUAAACAGUUGGAAGUAUUCAGAAAAAAAUUAGAGGAGUUUUCAAGCAAGCACAAACAUGAGAUAAGAAAGAAUCCAGACUUCAGAAAACAGUUUCAAGAGAUGUGUGCCAGUAUAGGUGUUGAUCCUUUAUCAUCUGGUAAGGGUUUUUGGUCAGUUCUUGGUAUUGGAGAUUAUUAUUAUGAACUAGCUGUGCAGAUAGUUGAAGUUUGUCUUGCCACAAUUGCCAAGAAUGGUGGACUCAUUGGCUUAGAUGAACUGAGAAAUAGACUAAUAGCUGCAAGAGGGGCAAGCAAAGCUCAUCAAGAAAUAACAAAAGAUGACUUGAUUAGAGCAUCACAGAAACUGAAAGUUUUUGGUAGUGGUUUCAAUGUAAUACCAAUGGGAAAAGGCAAGUACAUGGUACAGUCUGUGCCAGGUGAAUUAAGCAUGGACCAUUCUGUAAUCUUGCAACAAGCCGAAAAGAAUCAAGGAGGAAUAUCUGUGUUGAUAUUGAGGAAAGAGCUCAACUGGGAAAGAGAAAGGAGUCAGAAAGCUCUGGACCACAUGAUUGGGCAGGGACUUGCAUGGAUUGACUCUCAAACUUGUGAUGAGCCAAUGUACUACUUUCCUAGUUUAUUCACAGACUGUGUGAACUCUGCUAGUUAGUCUUGACUUGAUGUUAUCUUAUGUCCAUGAUCAUAUAACUUUAUUUAUUAUAUAUUUUAAGAUUAACUCAGAAAUGUGUUUGAACCACUUUAUUAUUGUACAAAUCUCAAACAUUGCCUACUCAAAAGGAGGCACAAAGGUUAUCUAAAUCAGUGAAUCUUUCUCAAACUUCGAGAGUCAGAGCAUCCUAAUAAAAAUCUCAUGAGCUCUUACCAAACCUUUGCAGCGUUUUCAUGAUAUACAGGGUGUCCUGAGCAUACCUGAACAAAAAAUUUAUCAAAGAAAACUAUUCAUGGUAGCUGAGAACACAUUUCUAAAAUACUCACAAUUAUACAGAGUGUAAAUUUUGCCUCACAUGGAUAAUCGAAAUGAAAGAUGUUGAGCAGAUGUGGAAAGAGAUGUUGCUAACUACGAGUAGGGCAGGGCAAGAUGUCUAUGGUCUAAUUGUAUGGGCCUGUUCAACUGACUUAAUACCUUUAAUUUCUCUGUUGUACAUGUCUGUAGCUCAAUUCUUUAUCAGAAGAUUUGAAUUGAACUUCCUUAUGAAUCCUUUAUGAACUGAUUACGGCGUUUCAGCCCACUUGACGCUAUUUUUUAACUAUGAUAAGUUGAUUUACUGCUUUUAUACUUGGAAAAUGUAAUUAAUACGAAAUAUUUGACAAAAUGAAAGAUAACUAUUUUUGUUAAAUAACGUAAUCAAUGAUAUAUUUUAACAUUUUAAAAAGCUGGUAAAUGAACUUUACUGCAUUUUAACUAAGUAGGUACGGCAAACUACUGGUUUGUUAAAUCUUGAGCCGAAAUUCGCCAUUCCUCAGGAAAUACAUAAUAAAUAAGUAAAAUCCUCUAAUCAUGUAAGUCAAACAUCUCUAAAUCAUGUACCCAGAAGCACAGGCUCCAGAGGCGAGGGGGGAGGGAGAAAUCUCACCUCACUUUGACAAAUGGAACAAACUGAGAUGUGAGGCGACUUGUCUGAGAAAAGUGCCAAAAGAAAAGCUACUAAAGACAUGGUAGCGAAAAAUAAUAUCAGAAAAAAAGGGUAACAUGAAAAGGCGUGGCUGUAUGUAUAAAUUUUAUUUACAAAUUCAAUCUUAAAAUUAUAAAAUAAUCCAUGUAAACGCCUGAAGUUCAUAUAAAUAGCUGCCAAAUAGGUGUCUUUUUUUCUUUAU